GCUUUGUCGAACAAAUAAAAAAUUGAAUAUCAUUUUGCUAUCUUUGUUUAAUUCGUUCGAAAAAUCAAUUUUUUAUCUUUGUUUUUUAAGCACACAAUUUGCAAAUUCGGUUGUUCUUGUUUCUUUAGCACUAUUGAGAUAGUUGAGAGCAGUUGUUAGUUUGUGACAUUUAAACACGUGCAAAAUGAAUAAAAGAAAAACUAAUCAAUUAAAUGAUCCUGAAAUAAUAUUAGCAGCCCAAGAAAUAAAAUUUGCUAAAAUAUUGGCUGGCAACGAUAAAAAACUACGUGAUAAAACAUUAAGAAGGUUACAAAAAUGGCUCAAUUAUCGUUCACAAAGCUCCAUGGAAUUUUCUGAGGGAGAUUUCAUGCGACUAUGGAAAGGAUUAUUCUAUUGUAUGUGGAUGUCCGAUAAAUUAUUACCACAGGAAGAAUGUGCUGAAAUGAUUUCAAAGUUGGUGCAUAGUUUUGUAAAACCUGAAUUAGGAGUAUUAUUUUUGAAUUGUUUUCUUAAAACCAUGAUUAAUGAAUGGUUUGGUAUUGAUCAAUUACGAUUAAAUAAAUUUCUUAUGUUGGUGCGACGAGUUUUACGACAAACAUUAAUUUUUAUGAAGAAAUAUAAAUGGGAUAUCAAUAUGAUUAAAAAGUUAGGUACAAGUUUAACAGAAACCGUUUUAAGUCAUAAAAUUGUUGUGCCCUUGGGUUUAUCAUUACAUUUUAUUGAAAUAUACUUAGAAGAAUUGGCUAAGGUUUCAAACAGAGGAUUGAGUAAAGAAAUAGUAACCGAAUUUCUACGACCUUUUGCUAAACAAAUGGUACUUUUAAAAGAUGGACGUGUAACAAAUCACAUCGCUAACCAUAUUUUUCGAUAUUUAUUAAAACAAUCUGAUGAAGGUAUCGAAUAUCAGGAAAAAUUUAAAGCAUGGCAUGCUAGAGGUUUUCCUGGUGGUACAAUAGAUGCGUUGCAAAAAGUUGAAGAUCCAACAGAGGAUGGUGAUAUUGACGAAAAUCAAUGGGAAGUGGAUGAUUUAAAUGAAGAUGAUUUACCAAAAGAUCCAAGAGCUGGAAAAGUGGAUGUAGUUUUACCCCAAUUACAAUUUGAUCCUAAGGAAAUUGUAAAAAUUCUUACAUCUUAUAAAUUUGACAAGAAUUCAGUGACUAAAUCUAGGAAAGUGGUUCAUAGAGUUGUUGAUGAAUAUAAGAAGUUUAUUGAAGGUGAAUUUCCCUUGGGAAUCAAAUCUGUUUACGUUCCAACCGAAGAGGACUUAAAAGAAACAAAUGUACGUUUAGCAGCCGAAGACUUAUUAGAAUUUGAAAAUGAAUUAAUUGAUCCGAAAUUAACAAAAAGUGAAAAGAAAAAAUUAAAACAACAUAAAAAGAUCUUAGAAAAAAUCGAAAAUGAAGAACUUAUGGAAUGUAAAGAUUUAACAAUCAGAAAUGAAAAUAAAAAACAGUUGAGAAAACGAAAAUCAGAAAAAGGGGAGGAAAAUAAAUCGAUUGGUAAUAAGAAACUAAAAAAGACAGAUAGUAAUGAUUUGGCCAAGUUUAUUGAGCAAAGCGAAGGUAGUGGAGAUUUUGAAUUAAAUGUUAAGAAAAAGAAAAAAGAAAUUCAAACAGUGAAGAAACUUAAAAAAAAGAAAUCCGAAAAUACAAAAGAGACCGAAAUAGUUGGUACAAUCAAAAAGAAGAAAAUCGAAAAUUCAAAAGAGACCGAAACAAUUAUUCCAAGCGUGAAAAAAAUUGAUGGUGACGAUGAACAUGUAAUGAGAAAAUGUAUAGGACGUGACACUAUGGGUGGUGUUUGGAUAGUUGAUGAAAAAAUUAAAAAGGAAAGUGGAGUCAAAGUCGUGAAGAAAGAUAUUGGACGUGAUGACAUGGGCGGUCUGUGGGAAGUUUUAGAAUAUGAACCCAUAACAUAUCCACAAGUAAAUACAACACCUGAAUCACUCAAAAAAACCGAUUCACCAAAAAAAGUUGAAAAUAAAACACAUAAUUUACUCAAAAAAGUCGAAAAUAAAACACUAUUUAAAUCAAAACUGAAAAAACUUAAUAAAACUACGGAAAAAGAAAAAUCCGAAUGGGAUGAUCCUCCAAAAGAUGGAGAAACGGAAAUAUUUGUACCUUCAAAAAAAUUCCAAAAAAAAUUAUCACUUCAAGCGAAAAAACAAAAGAAAUCUGUAAGCGAUUUAUUAAAUGAUGUAAAUAACAAAAUUUUAAAGAAUAAAAAAGCUGGUGACGCCCCAGUUAUAGUCACAAAUCCAUUUUCACCAAAAAGUAAAAUUCAACGGAGUAGUGGAAAUAUUGUGAACACAUCGAAACCAAAAGCGAAAUUAUUAAAAGCGAAAUCAACAACAGCCACUCAAUCAAAAAAAUCAUCGACGAAAAAUGGUAGCACAAAAAAAGUAAAAAUUAUGUUAAGUUUAAAUAAGUCACAAAAUACUAGCGAAUAUCAGAAGCAAGUGUUAAGCUCACCUGUUAUACCAUACGAUCCAAAAAAGAAACCGGUUAAACCAUUGCUGAAAAAAAAUACAAUAUCUAGUCCCAUAAAUCCAUUUUAUAAUUUAAAGGACUCUUUAAUACGAUAUUGAAAUUAAUUGAGUGAGAUAUCUGUUUUUUUUUAGUGAGAUAUUAAUUAUUAUCAAUUGUCCAACACCUCAACAAAUUAAUAUGUGAUCAUCUGUAGAAACAAAAACCUUAUCUUCCGAGGGACAAUCAAUGUACAGUGUGUCCCCGGAUAGAGGUAACUAUAUUUGUAAAUUUUCUCAUUUUGCAUAAAAAAAAAGUCAUUCUUUAUAAGAAGUUUUG